AUGUCCGCCGACUCAUUGCCCAUCACGCCGGCCGCGUUCGCCGAAGCCAUCAAGGAACUGACACUGCCGUCGCUGCACGCCAAAGCUGCUGAGCUGCGCAAUUCGAUCUACCAUCUGCGGCGCUCGAACGUGCAGCUGCAGCCCUUUGCGGACGAGGGCGACCGCGACUGCGCCGAGGCGAUCAAGGAGAACGAAGAGGUCAUGGCGCGCAUGGAGGAUCGCAUCGAGCUGCUGAAGCUGGAGGUCGAGGUGAAUCGCGGAAUGCCUUGGGUCGAGGACGCCAAGGCAGAUGAUGCGACCAAGGAGCAAGUCAACGGUGGAGCACAGCAUAAUGGCGAGCAGAGGAGCGAGGGCAGUGCGCAAAACCAAGGUGCGACAGAGCCCACCGAGGCUGCUGGGGCUGCCUCGGCGAACAGUGCGACUCAUGCAGAGAGUGAGGCGCAGGACGAGCAAGAGGGCGUCUUCCUCUAG